AUGAAGCUGAGUCUGAGAGCUCUCUCUGAAACUAACACCGAAGUAUCCAAAACACUUGAGGAAUUUGAUGUUGAAGAGCAGCCAAAUUCCCUAUUAGAAAAACGAUAUCCCAAUAUUAGAGUUAUACAGUCUGGAGUGAAACAGUUGAAAAGUGAUGAACAUAAAAUUUACACUGAAGAUGGGAAAGAAUACAUAUAUGAAAAGCUUUGUCUGUGUGCUGGAGUCAAACCAAAAUUAAUUGUUGAAGGGAACCCGUAUGUGUUAGGAAUCCGGGACACUGACAGUGCACAGGCUUUUCAGAAGAAUUUGGCUCAAGCUGAGAGAAUAGUGGUGGUAGGAAAUGGUGGGAUUGCCCUUGAAUUAGUGUAUGAAAUUCAAGGCUGUGAAGUAAUCUGGGCUAUCAAAGACAAAGCCAUUGGGAACACUUUCUUUGAUGCAGGAGCAGCUGAAUUCCUCCUUCCCAAGCUCACUGCUGAAAGCCAAGAGAAUCCCAUCGAGUGUAAAAGAACCAAGUACACAGUGGAAGGAAGUGAGGAGAAAGGAAGGCCUCCAGGAGCAUCUGACAAGCUGGGCAGUGCCUUGGGCCCUGACUGGCACGAGGGCUUACACCUUAAAGGCACUAAGGAGUUUUCUCACAAAGUACAUAUUGAAAUACUGUGUGAAGUAAAGAAAAUUCUCUUACAGCAAGAAUUUAUCCAACUGCAGCAGACUUUGCUGACUUUUCCUAAAGGAGAGAAAAAUGUAGAGGCAGAUGAGGUGCUGUGGCCUGUAUAUGUGGAAUUAAGUAAUGGAAAAAUUUAUGGAUGCAAUUUCAUUGUCAGUGCAACUGGAGUUGUGCCAAAUGUUGAACCAUUUCUUGAUGGCAAUAAUUUUGCUGUGGGAGAGGAUGGAGGACUGAAGGUGGACAAGCACAUGCACACGUCACUGCCAGAUGUGUUUGCAGCUGGAGAUAUCUGCACAGCAGCCUGGGAGCCCAGCCCUGUGUGGCACCAGAUGAGGCUGUGGACCCAGGCUCGGCAGAUGGGAUGGUAUGCAGCAAAGUGCAUGGCAGCAGAAGCUUUAGGGGAGUCUAUUGAUAUGGAUUUCAGCUUUGAACUAUUUGCUCACAUUACAAAAUUUUUCAAUUACAAGGGGAAGUACAUCGCUCAGGGCCUGGGCUCAGAGCACGAGCUGAUGCUGAGGUGUACCAAGGGCCACGAGUACAUCAAAGUGGUGAUGCAGAACGGCCGAAUGAUGGGAGCUGUGCUCAUCGGUGAAACGGACUUGGAAGAAACCUUUGAAAACUUAAUUUUAAAUCAAAUGGAUCUUUCAGCCUAUGGUGAAGAUCUCCUAAAUCCAGAUAUUGACAUAGAAGAUUAUUUUGAUUGA